AUGGCACGGAUACUCGUUCCCUUCGCUGCAGUCGUCGCCACCUUAUCUCCUCUCGUACACGCUGGCAUCAAGUUCACUGCCCCCGCGCCUGGUUCUACGGUUGUCGCUGGCUCUGCCAUUACUGUACAAUGGCAGGAAACCGACGCGGGGCCCAAACUUGCGGACCUGAAGGCUUACCAGUUGCAGCUGGUAGUUGGAGGUAACAAGGGCGAGGAACAAAUGAUCGUGACUACCAUUACCCCGAGCGGCUUAUUCUCGGCGGGUAACGCAGCUUCAGGAAGAGUAGAAGCAGCUGUAUCAGAGGAUCUCAAGGAUGCCAAUGCAUACUUCGUCAAGAUGAUUGCAACUGGCAAGACUGGCGACGGCCAGUACGUCGUCUACUCUGAUCGCUUUUCCUUCUCCGGCAUGACUGGCAAGAACAUCCUCAACCCGACUGUGAAAAAGGCCGCCACCGCCGUCACUGGUACAGCUGGACCGGCAAGUGAAAACACUUUGACCGAUAAAGACCCGGCGACUGCUGGUGAUCUAUAUGCUGUCGAAUACACAAUGCAGACCGACAUCACUCGUUAUGCGCCCAUGCAGCCUGUACCUGGCACCAAGGUUACUGCAACCAACACCAAGCCACUGUACCCUACCAGCAGUGUGAGGAUUGCCAAAACCAAGCUGCCGACUCCUAGCCAGGUGAUGACACUCACGGCCACACAGACAUUUUCUACCAAGAUGAGGGCGAAUACGGUUGCCCCGGCGCCUCAUGCCACCGACGACAUGGCCAAGUUCCUCAGGCGUUGGCAAGACUAG